AGUAAAGUACAAUUAUAAAUUGGUUGAAAGGUAAAGAAAGCUGCGAGUUAAAACAACAUGAGAAAAUCUCCACUUUUUUUAGUUUCAACAAUUCUCAUAGCCAUAAUAUUAACCUCGUACUAUUGCAACUCAAUGCCACUCUCAACUCAAAAUAGAUGGAUCAUAGACGAUACAACAGGGAAAAGAGUGAAGCUAACAUGCUCACAUUGGGUUGCUCAUAUGGAACCAAUGCUUGUUGAAGGUCUUGACAAAUUGCCAAUACAUGACAUAGCUACUCAAAUUGCUAAUUCAGGAUUCAAUUGUGUGCGUUUAUCUUAUGCUACUUACAUGUUCACUAGAUAUGCAAAUCACAUCGUUCGUGAUACACUUUCUAGUCUUGAUAUACCCGAGGUUGUUAUGACGGCUAUUGAGAAACAUAAUCCGUUAAUGUUGAAUAUGACGCAUGUUCAAGCUUAUGAAGCUGCUAUUGGUGCUCUUGGAGAAAAGGGUGUGAUGGUACUUAUUGAUAAUCAUGUUAGCAUGCCAAUGUGGUGUUGUGAUAAUAAUGAUCAGAAUGGAUUCUUCGGUGAUAGGCAUUUUCAUCCUUCUGAAUGGCUUCAAGGUUUGGCUUUUAUAGCUAAGCUCUUCAAGGGAAAACACAAUGUGAUAGCCAUGGACUUGCGGAAUGAACUAAGAGGUGGACGCCAAAAUUUGCCUGAUUGGUACAAGUACGUAAGCCAAGGAGCAAAAACGAUUCACAAACACAACCCAGAUUUAUUAAUCAUUAUUUCAGGGUUAAACUUUGACAGUGACCUUUCAUUCUUGAAGAAUAGGACCCUUGAUCUAAACUUCAAUAACAAAUUGGUAUACGAGGCACACAUUUAUUCCUUCUCAGGAAACCAAAAUAGGUGGAAUUUGCUACCAGUGAACUGGGUAUGUUCCUCUGUCAUUGAAACCUUAAAAGACCAAGCAGGUUUUCUCAUCAGUGGUAGCAAUCCAGUACCUUUAUUCAUAAGUGAAUUUGGAUAUGACAUGACUAGUGUCAAUUCCGUGGCCAACAAAUUCUUGCCAUGCUUUGUGUCUUACGCUUCUUCUGUUGACUUGGAUUGGAGCCUGUGGGCUUUUGGUGGAAGCUACUAUUACAGAGAACGCACUGUUGGGGCUGGUGAGCCAUAUGCUGUUAUGGACAACGAUUGGAAAAAUUUCAGAGACCCAAAAUUCCCUGAGAAAUUUCAGCUUAUCCAAAAGAAGGUCCAAGAUCCAAGUUCAAACCUGUCGAAGUCCUAUAUAAUGUUCCAUCCAUUGACUGGGAAGUGCGCUCAUGUGAAUAAGAUUUACAAUGAACUUGUAUUGGGUGAUUGUAAGAGUCAUAACCAAUGGAGUUCUGACGGAAAUGGUUCUCCAAUAAGGUUGAUGGGUUCUGCUCUGUGUGUAAAGGCAGAGGGUGAAGAACUUCCUGCAAGUCUCUCGGGACAUUGCUUGUCGCAGCAAAGUUCAUGGAAAUCUGUUUCAAAGACUGGUCUUCACUUGGCCACCUCUGAUGGGAAUGGAUCCCUUUUGUGCUUGGAAAUGGAUUCAGAUUCUUCCAAAAUAGUGACCAGAAAAUGCAUCUGCAUAGACGAUUAUGAUUCUUCAUGUUUAGACAAUCCCCAAAGCCAAUGGUUCCAACUUAUUUCAACCAAUGUUUAUAUAUGA